AUGAGCAGCGAGCUGCCGCCGCCGGCGGCGGCUGCGCCAGCAGCCAAACCUCCGUCGAUCCCCUCCACGGCCACCACCACCACCACCACCCUCGCCACCGCCGGCGACGGAACCACAACCAUAUCCUCGCUGGGCCAAGACCAGCUCCUGGAGAUCUUCCUCCGGCUGCCCAGCCUGCCAGCCCUCGUCCGCGCCGCGCUCACCUGCCGCUCCUGGCUCGGCGCCGUCCGCUCCUCCCGGCCCUUCCGCCGCCUCUUCCGCGCCCUCCACCCGGCGCCCCCCCUCGGGAUCUUCCUCGAGGUCGACGACAGCACCGCCCCCUCCUUCGCCCCCUUGCGCCGCUCAGAUCCGGACGUCAUCGCCGCCCUCCGCCGCGGCGACUUCUUCCUCACCUCCCUCCCGCUGGGCGACGUCGCGCCCAGGGGCUGGACCGUCACGGACUGCCGCCACGGCUACAUCCUCUUGUGGAACACCUUCCGGGCCGUGGCCGCGGUGAACCCCAUGACCUGGGAGGUGGACACCAUCCCGGUGCCCGACGACGUCGUGGACGGGGGUACCAGCGAAUUCGCCUUCCUUAGCUUCCUAUUGCUGUCUUCCGAGGAGAACCCUAGGUCGUUCGGCGUGGUCUGCGUCUGCGCCGACGUGUCUAGGGUUCGCGCCGCCGUCUUCUCGUCGGGGACGAGGGAUUGGGUCAUCCACCCAUGGGCGGAAAUCGGCCGUGAGUAUGGCCUAAUGUACGGUGCUAACACGCUGGUGGAUGGCUCCGUUUACUGCCCUUUCUAUGAGGGAAGAAGUGUGAUUAAGAUAAACACAGCCACCAUGGAUUUCUCCUCUCUGGAUCUACCCUCGCGGGUAAUUGAUUACGGACAGGCGGAUUUCAUCGUUGGGGACACUAAGGAUGGAGAGCUCUGCAUGCUAUAUGCAUCUGAUGAUUUUUACCUCCAUGCUUGGAUCCGUGGUGUGGACGGUGAUGGAAUUGGGAUUUGGGUGCCGCAGCUCAUACUCUCAUUGAGCGCAGAGAUUGACCGGACGAGUGGGGAAUCGGAGGGCAAACUCAGAGUUGUGCAAGCUAGGUCUGGAUGCGUGUACUUGUACUUGACAUGCAUAACCCCUGCUGGCACACAACGCAGCUGGUUAUUCUACCAUUCAUUGGGGACCACGGAGAUUGAGUUACUGAUCAAUGGGACAUUUGAUGACUAUGCCUAUCCGUAUAUUAUGGCCUGGCCUCCUUGUUUGAUUGGUGAUGAUGGGGCCACUGGGCAUGAAGUUGAAGGUUCUCACUAA